CUCCACUCCUCAUUUCAGCACUGACUCCUCGGGGUAGCUUUGGGAUCUAUUGACCACCCAAGGGCUCUGGAGACGACUGCACGCUGGAAGGCCUGGGCGGGUGAAUGCACUGAAGGAUGAGCCUGGUUUGGAAAGUGAUGGCGCUGCUCGUUUUGAGCCUCGCUCUGCUCACCUGUGGAGCUGAAGUGCAGGGGAACGGACAGGGUAAGAAACAAGUACCAGGAAGUUCAACCGUCCAUCUCAGCCAGGACAGAGACAUCUGGAGGCCACUGAUCCACACAACAGUCAACCUCAGCGAGAUCAACAGCAUCAAGUCGUCCUUUGAGUUACGGACAUUUGACCCUGAAGGUGUCAUUUUCUACGGAGACACCAAAAAUGGGGUGGACUGGUUUGUUUUAUCUCUGAAAGACGGCAUCCCUCUGAUGCAGAUCAGCAGAGGAGACAUACUCAUUAGCGUGGCUGGUGGCCCCAAGCUCAACGAUGGGAAAUGGCACACGCUGGAGGUGAGCAACCACGGGAAGUUUGUGAUUCUGGAGGUGGACGGCUCUGAAGGAGUGACGGUGGGCAUGAAGUCCCAACAGGCAGAUGAGGUCAUUUCAGGUGAACUUCGACUGGCCCUCGGUGGGAUCCUGAUCAGCAAGGAAAAGAUGAUAGUUCAGUUUGAGCCGCGAAUGGAUGGCUGUGUGCGGAAAGGCAGCUGGCUGAACAUCAGCACCCCCUGGCAGUCGGAGGUUGAGGACCUCUGGCCUUGCUAUCAGAACAUCCGACCUGGCAGCUACUUUUCUGGCAAAGGAUUUGCCAUUUUCAACACCUCAGUUUUUCUAACUGAGGAAGAUGAUGGGAUCAAGUUUGAAUUGUGGAGCAAUUUCACUCAGAUGGACGGGACUAUUUUGAGCAUCAAGGCUCCUGAACAGGGGCUGAUGUUCACUUUAGUAGCCAAUAAGAACACAAAGGUGGUCACAUUUACUCGCGGGAAAGAAAAAACCUAUAUGCGUAACACUUUGAGGAGACUGCUGAUAAAGUUUAGCGAGGAUUCACUGCUCCUGGUUAUAGAGGAAAGUGAACUUGACAGCACCAGCACGACCAUCAUGCCAAUGAACCACCCUGGGUAUCUGACAACUUGGAGAAAGAGCCGUCUUACCGUUGGAGGUCUUUUGGGUGAAGGUGAGGACAGUGUCGGCUCCCAGUUCUUGACAGGCUGCCUGGAGAAGAUACAGAUCCAAGGGAGGGAUUUGGAUCUGGAUUUAGCUGUCAAACACAUGUCUGUCUCCUCUCACAGCUGCCCUGCGUAGAACACGAAAGCAUGCUGUACACGGACUAAAUGUUUGCAUUUAUUCCAGUGCCAAUGGGUCCAAAUGACACAAAAACACAAUGGAUAUAAUGAGCUGAAAUCCCUGCCACAUGAUAAGAAACAGUAUAUUUUCCUCUGCAGAGCAUCACUCAUUGUAUUCUUCAUUCUGUCUGCAGAUGUAAUGCUAGGACCAAAUGACCUCUAAAUCAUUUACAAUUAAAAUCUGAUGCUUUUAAAUAAAUGCUUUCACCACUUAACAAUUUAGAACUCAAUAAAUCUGAAAAAUGUGAGAAAUUCUGUGACCUUGCAAUAUUGUGUUUCCAAAAACCGUAUUGUUCUCCUUAAAGUGACUCUAUAAGAACAUUAAUUUUACUGCAAAAUGUAUUCUAACGUGGUUUGAGGUGAUGAAGUCCCUGCGACUGACUAGGAAGGGUAGAGGCUGAGUAGAGUUUGAGUAGGACAGAGGGUUUAGGACGUGGAAUUUGCUCCCUCUAGUGGAUUAUUAAAAAUGUUAAAUUCA